AUGGCGCUUAACUGCGCCAAAGAUCCAAACACUGUCAACCCUAUGACCUUUACUAUAUUUUCUCCUCCCCAGCUUUUUUGUCAAUCUCUAUUAUAUUUCCGUUUCUUCCCCAAAUUAAUGAUCUCGAGAUGUUUAUUAUAUAUUAAUUCUUUAUUAAAUUUGUAA